UUUUUUUUUUUUUUUCUCCAGAGGGCCGUGGGACUGCUGCGGGGAGUUUCGCACGUGGGUCGUCGCUGGGUCAGCGAGAUGGAGACAGUCCCCAAGCCGGGUCGGGGUGUCCCACCCAAGAAGGGCAGCCCCCAGGCCCGGAGGAAGAAGCCGCGGCGGUACUGGGAGGAGGAGACCACCCCGGCCGCUGCGGGCGCCGCCCCGGGGCCGCCUGGGAAGAGGGCGAGGACGCGGGAGCCGCGGCCGCAGAGGUCCCAGGGCGUGCACGGCGCCCCGAAGUCUCGGUUCUGCAAGAAGCCCCGGACCCCGAGGAGCGCCCCAGACCGGAAGAAGCCGCCGCGGACCCUGUCUGGGGCCCAGGACCCGUUCCCGGGACCCGCCCCCGCCCCGGUGGAGGGGGCCCGCAAGUUCCGUCGCAUCGACAAGUCCAAGACGCUCCCACAUUCGAAGCCCAAAACCCGGAGCAAGCUUGAGACGGCUGAGGCGCAGGAGGAGGAGGCGAGCGUCAGGGCUGCCCGCGCCGAGCUGCUGCUGGCCGAGGAGCCUGGGUUUCUGGACGGAGAUGGGGAGGACACGGCAAAAAUCCUGCAGACGGACAUCGUGGAGGCCGUGGACAUCGCCAGCGCUGCCAAGCACUUUGACCUGAAUCUGAGGCAAUUUGGACCCUACAGACUGAACUACUCUCGCACAGGGAGACACCUGGCGUUAGGAGGUCGUCGGGGUCACGUGGCUGCCCUGGACUGGGUGACAAAGAAGCUCAUGUGUGAGAUCAACGUCAUGGAAGCCGUGCGGGACAUCCACUUCCUCCAUUCAGAGGCUCUCUUCGCUGUCGCUCAGAACCGCUGGCUUUACAUCUACGACAACCAGGGUAUCGAGCUCCAUUGCAUCCGCCGCUGUGACCGAGUAACUCGGCUUGAGUUCCUCCCCUUCCACUUCCUCCUGGCCACCGCUUCAGAGACAGGGUUUCUGACCUACCUGGACGUGUCAGUGGGGAAGAUCGUGAGCGCUCUGAACGCGAGGGCUGGGCGGCUCAGUGUAAUGGCUCAGAACCCCUACAAUGCUGUUAUCCACCUCGGACACAGUAACGGCACCGUGUCUUUGUGGAGUCCAGCUGUGAAGGAGCCAUUGGCAAAGAUUCUGUGUCACCGUGGUGGGCUGCGGGCUGUGGCAGUGGAUCCCACGGGCAUGUACAUGGCCACUUCUGGCCUGGACCACCAGCUGAAGAUCUUUGAUUUGCGAGGGACAUUCCAGCCCCUGAGUGCCCGGACCCUGCCUCAGGGAGCAGGACAUCUGGCCUUUUCCCAACGGGGACUGUUAGUUGCAGGAAUGGGUGAUGUGGUCAACAUAUGGGCAGGGCAGGGCAAGGCCAGCCCGCCCUCCCUGGAGCAGCCCUACCUCACCCACCGACUCUCAGGCCACGUGCAUGGACUCCAGUUCUGCCCCUUUGAAGACGUGUUGGGGGUGGGGCACGGUGGAGGCGUCACCAGCAUGCUGGUCCCUGGGUCUGCCGAACCCAACUUUGACGGCUUGGAGAACAACCCGUACAGGAGCCGGAAGCAGCGUCAGGAGUGGGAGGUGAAGGCCCUGCUGGAAAAGGUACCCGCAGAGCUCAUUUGUUUGGACCCCCGAGCCCUGGCAGAGGUGGAUGUGGUCACUCUGGAGCAGCAGAAGAAGGAGCGGAUAGAGAGACUGGGCUAUGACCCCGAUGCCAAGGCUGCCUUCCAACCCAAGGCGAAGCAGAAGGGCCGGGGCUCCACAGCGAGCCUGGUGAAGAGGAAGAAGAAGGUCAUGGACCAGGAGCACAGGGACAAAGUCCGCCAGAGCCUUGAGCAGCAGCAGCAACAGAAACAAGAGACGGCCAAGCCUUCUGGAGCCCGCCCAUCUGCACUGGAUAGAUUUGUACGAUGAGCCCCGAGACAGCAUUCCCGAGAUGAUCCAUGGGGCCAGAUGGCUCAGUGGGUAGAGGCGCUUGAUGCCAAACUUGAGGUCAAUUCCCAGAAGACACAUGGUGGAAUGAAAGAACCACUCCCACAAGUUGUCUUUUGACUUUCUGUGUACAUAUGGGCCAGUGUGCAUUCAGGGUGGCAUACAGUACACACACACACACACACACACACACACACACACACACACAAAU